UUCGCCCUGCUCUCUGUCUUGUCGAAUUGGUUCUUCAGUUCCCUUACUUACUUUUCCAAUCACUCAUUCUCGUGCUUCGUCACCUACAACGGACUCUUCCUUGGACGAACUCGGUCGGACAAGCAUUGCAACCAUGGCGGAACACAACAUUGUUGUUUUUGCGGGCGACCACUGUGGCCCAGAGGUUAUUGCUGAGGCGAUCAAGGUUAUCAGGACGGUUGAGGAGCUGAGCCCGACUGCUGGCAAAUUCAAUUUGGAGGACCACCUGCUCGGAGGGUGCUCCAUCGACCAGACCGGCGUCCCCCUCACAGACAAGGCCCUCGCCGCCGCCAAAGCCGCCCACGCUGUGCUCCUCGGCGCCGUUGGCGGCCCUGAAUGGGGUGCCGGCGCCGUUCGCCCGGAGCAGGGCCUCCUCAAGCUACGCAGCGAGAUGUGCGCCUUUGGAAACCUCCGUCCCUGUUUCUUCCCGUCCGACGCCCUUGUCGAGACCUCCCCCCUAAAGGAGUCUGUCUGCCGCGGCAUCGACAUGAUGUUGGUCCGGGAGUUAACCUCGGGCUUGUAUUUCGGAGAGCGAAAAGAGUACGAUGGAGUCAAUGCGUUCGACACGGCUGUUUAUACGAAACCAGAAAUCGAGCGUAUCGCGCGGCUGGGCGGUCACCUAGCCAGGACUAGGGGAGAGUCGCGGGUUAUCUCGCUAGAUAAGGCAAACGUGCUGGCGACAAGCAGGCUCUGGCGUAGUGUGGUCGAGGAGGUUUAUAAGAACGAGUUCCCUGAUCUGAAGGUUGAGCAUCAGCUUAUCGACAGCGCGGCCAUGAUCAUGGUCAAGAACCCGACGAAGCUGAAUGGCGUUCUAUUAGCGCCCAACUUGGCAGGGGAUAUUCUCAGCGACGAGGCGAGCGCUUUAGCUGGAAGCAUAGGGCUCCUCCCGAGCGCCAGUCUCUGCGGGAUUCCGAGCUCUCCAGUGCCUUCUAUCUAUGAGCCGAUCCAUGGGAGCGCGCCGGACAUAUCAGGGAAAGGGAUUGUCAAUCCCAUUGGCACCAUCCUUUCCGUGGCCAUGAUGUUCCGGUACUCUCUGGAUCUCGCCCAUGAGGCUAAAAUCGUCGAGGACGCCGUCCGCGCUGCCAUCGACGCCGGGCUAAGAACCAAGGACAUGGGCGGCAGCACGGGCACCGCAGAAGCAGGAGAUGCCAUCGUUGCUGAGCUGGUCAAGCUUCUCAAGGCAUGAGAUAUCGCACGCCUUGAGGAGGAAGGUGGUUGAGAAGAGAUUAGUUUUAUUAGCCGGCGAGAAAAUAAAAGGGGCACAGUUAAUAUAAUAGGUACGCUAGACGCAGCUUUAUCAGACAUCUUGUGCUCGUCCUGGGUCAUAUGCUGGACUCGAAAUAGUUAUUUUCUAUUGCUCACGGGACUCACCAUCCCGAACUAGCCUUACACAGAACCAGACGAGGGAUAAGCAUAACUCGUGUGUUUCAACUCCCAGCCGUGCCAUCCGAUCCGGCAUUCCUCGGCUCAAGAUCUCGGCAGCUAACUCCCUCCGGGGGGGA